UGCGAGAUCGAUGCAACCCUUCCAUCUCUCUCUAUCUCUCAUUCAUGCUGUAGUACACCAACAAUGCCUAGGCUGCAGAUCGAUUUGAACCAAAAUCCACCAGAAUCGGCCUUAGAAAAUCCCAUAGAUUGGGAUGACAUAGGUGAGUGGGAUGGCCCUGCCAAUGAACUCGAUUAUGACAUGGUUUGGAAUGAUGGGAAUCAAGGUGAUCAAGAUAGAGAUGGACUAACUGAAGAAGUGCAAGUACCUGCUGCUGAUGUCCAAGGACCAGAUGGAGAACAAGAUGCUGCUGCUGCAGAUGGCGUCCAAGUAGAGGGUUUUUCAAAUGCUCCUACUGCUAUGAAUGAUGGAGGGACAGAAGGAUUGCAAGUAGAUGCCACCAAUGGCCAGCAAGGUGUGCCAACACAUGGUAUGUUUGUUUAUGUUCAGUUUAGAUGGUUCAAUAGUAUGCAUAUGUUAGUUAAAAUUCAGUUUCAGUUAUGUCAGUUCCAAAUAAGACUCAUGAUUCAUACAAGAUAUGCAAGCAAACAUGAGGGAGUAGUAUGCACAUGCUUCUAGUUUCAGUUUUCAGUAAUCUUCAGUAGGUUCAGUUUCAGUAGUCUCUACUGAUCACUGUACAUGGUUCUGAUUUACAUGUUCCAAUAAUAACAAAAGAAGGUUCUAUCCAGAUGAUUUGAAGAUCGCCAUAUACCUAGAGCUAUUGGUAAAAACUGAUCCUCCUACUCUACGUCGUGGGGUUUCAAAGGGAGUUGCACGGAAAUUUGAUGUGCCUCUAAGAGAGUUGUGCAGCACAUUUAGAAAAAAGGACAAGGAGGUGGAAUAAAUGGUGUUGUGAACAAGUGGUCUAAGAAUUGUGGUAGGAAAA